GUCUGUUGCUUAGCUGUGACGGUGCGUGCUAGCCAGUGAGUGCGAGUGUGUACGGCGAUGACAGUUUGCAAACAAGCGUGCGUGCCAGUGUGGAGCUGACGGGCGAUGCACAUAGACGAGGCGGGCGUGGAGCCGUGCAACCAGAGCGACUGGUGGGCGGGCGCGCCGGAGGAGGACGCGCUGUCGCUGCCGCUGGACGGCGACGGCGACGCGGCGGCCCUGUGGUCGGGCGCCUUCGUCCCGCCGCCGCCGCGGCCUCACUUCCUCGACGACUCCGCGGCGCCCGACGGGCUCACCACGUGCGACCUGUGCGCCUGGGCGUGGCGCGCGCGGACACCCGUCUUCCCCGCCGAGGAACCACCAGAUAACGAGACGAAGCUAGGAUGGUUACUCACUCUCGCUAUCGUGUCGAUAGUAUCAGCAGCUGUUGGUGCCGUCGUUAUGGUCACCGUUCUGCAUUGUCGCAACAGACUGAAGAACCUGAGGUUUGGAGGCGUGUGCUCCUCCAGGUCGAGCCAAAGAGCGCGGGCGCCUGCGCCGGCAGCGCCAGCGGCGGCGGGCGCUGAGCUAGCGACGCGGCCGUCGCCGGGGAAAGUGGCGCCCUGCGAGCGCGAGCGCGCCUGCCGCGAGAACCACUACACGCUGCACGAGGACGCCGUGUACGCGGAGCUUGACCGCGACUCGACCGCCUUCCACAACGGCGCCUACACCGGCUCCGACACCGAGCCCAGCAGCGCCUACUACUCGGACUUGUCGGCGGCCGACCGCGACCGCCCGUACGAGGCUGUCGCCUGGGAAGGCCAGCCCAGCAGGCCGGCUCUCUCGGCCAUCACCGAGACCCUCACCGUGCCUUCAGACUACGUCUAGCCCACAGCUGCCGAUUCUCUUGCAACGUUAGAUAUGAGGGGGGCUUCAAGACAACGGAUGAAGCUCUUCUAGUAUCGACGAGGUCUGGCAGGGUUGUCCUGGAGCUUACAUCAGUGCAGACAGCACUUGUCAUGCUGCAGUUUUUUUUCCAGAUGAAUAAUGCUAUUUCACAGUGUUGUGUAACUGACAGUGGCUCAAGAACCACAUUUGAAACAUUUUGACUGAAACCUCUAGGACAUCAUCAUCAGUCUUUCACACCUCUGAUCAUCAGGAUAUCUGGCAACUUAGCUGGGUGGCGUCCUCUGCAUUUUGUGUGCUUCACUUUCCACCUCUACAGAACCACCGUUCUCACUUGCUUAUUCUUCCAUAAAAAUUAAAGUGACUACAAUCAUUUUGAUAUAGGUGCACAGUGUGAACUGCUGACACUGUCCUCCUGUGCUCAAGGAAUCACUGGACUGCGGUUUGGAGGGGCAUGUAUCCAGGUCCAUUGCUUUGAAGUAUGACAUAUAAACGAGUGCUAUGGAGUUAUUAUACGGGCCCAUAAAAUCACCUCUUUGAGCAAAGUUCUCUCCACUGUUUCCUCCAACCAUACCCCAUAUAAAAGAUUUGGGAUUUCCUGUGCUUAUACAGUUUGCCUCUGGAUGUGGGACCACCUAGUUUCUGGUCAUCCUCUGCAACAUUAUGUAUUUCCCAUAAGCAUUUUGCAAGUGAUACUUUUUAAAGAUGAAUCUCAGUAACAGUAUUUGUGAAGAAUGAAUUUUUCUCCCUGUAGCGGAGUGUGCAUCAGUAUGAAUCUUCACAGCAGAUAAAAGUUGUGUGCUAGAUCUGGACUUGAACUCAGGUUUGAGCCCCAGUCUGGCAUACAGUUUUAAUCUGGCAGGAAGUUUCAAUGUGUCUGUCAAAUGCAUCUACUGUAAGUAUACAGAUUUGUUUUUCUGACUUGUUUAGGGAAGAAAUAGUGUGCUGUAAAUAUGCAAAAUCCUCAAUAGUGCCACACGAUAAAUAUGAAUAACUGAUUAAAUUGGUACCAACCACAUACAGGAUGCAUGAGUCACAGACAGGAGCAAUUAAAAUAAUACUAGAAAUAUUUAAGCUUUCAAACAAAGUUCUUCCUCAGAAGUAGAACCCUCACACAUUCACACAACUUUGUUGUUGUGGGAGAUCUAUUUCUGAGGGACGACUUUGUAUGAAGGCUUGAAUAGUUCUACUGUUCUUUCCAUUGUACCUGUAUGUGACUCAACACCUCCUCUACGUGGUGAGUAGCAAUCUACCCUUAGCAUGUUGUUGUUAUUCCAUCUUAGACUUUCCAUUGUUUGGAUAACUGAUUAAAUGUAUUUAUCUGGCAUACUCUCGCAGUUUUACACAGAAGUGGUGCAAACUUUGUACUACUGUACAGUAAUUUGAGGUCUCCUAUAGAAGCAGCAUUUCAUUAUACAAAAACACUCAAUCAGUUCUUAUCUAAUGUGUUAAUCACUAGCUGCCGUAGGCAGAAACUCCAGUAGUAAAGCAAUGUAUUUUCCAAGAAUUUGUCUCAUUAAUGCUCACAUACAUGAGUCAAUAUAGACACUGAUGUAAAUAUCUUUCUAAAACAUUUUAUGCAUCUGUAAUAUGAGAGCUUGUCAUGUAAUCUUUUUUUGUACAUCUGACGGAAGUAGUAAGGGUUGUCAUUUCUUGUUCAUAUUUAUUCGUGAGAGUUUAUUGACAGAUUAACUGUUCUAAACUUUGAAUACUCCUAGUGAGUACACACUUGUAUACCACAUUGAUAGCAAUUGACAAUAUAUCACACUUAUUUCUUGCACAGGCUAUUCACAAUAUUUCAAAUAGGAAAUUGUAUAUUUCAGUCACAUUUUAAUUUUAUACAGAAACUGUCAAUUUUGAAUCAUUCAGAAUUUCUUCAGCUCCCUUUCCCCAACAUAGGGCACAAAAAGACAGAUUUAAAUACAAGAGAACUUAAAUAAAUGCUGACAGAAUAAGAUACCCAACCAAUUUGUUCAACUUACAUGAAGAAUCUAUGGAUGAAUUUAAUCACAUAAUACUACAAACGUAAAAUAAUCAUUCAGUCAGGCACAAACAGGGAAAAAAUUAUAAAUGUAUGCUAAAACACAAUAUUCCCUGUGAGUUAUGUAACUAGAGGCUGGAAGUGGCUUCAGAUGUUCAUAAUAGAAGUAAGAGGCCACAUGCUGCUUAUAUCAGACAAGUGUAAUCCAAUACACACUGCAAAAAGCUACUGUUCUUAAUAUGUCUGUUUUUACAUCUGGUCACAAAUAGACCAGCAUAACAACAACAACAACAAAAAUCAACAAUAAUUUGACGGUUUUUGAAGGUGUAUAUGCUGCACAAGACAUUUAUCUUCAACUUUAAUCUGUAGAAAAGAUCUGACAAUUUUUUUCUGUCCUAGCAAGACUGAGAAAUACAUUCUGAAUUGGACUGUAAAUAUGUAUAAUUACUUCUCUUUGUGACUUAUGUA